AUGGACAAUGUCGACGACGAAUAUGAACGGCUUGUAGGACAUCUUCACGACUGUACGUGGACAGCGAAGAGUUUCAAAACUACCAAGAGACGCCUGUCUCCGGAAGCUUAUACGAAAGAAGAGCAGAAAUGUUUGCUGAAGCUGCAGAGGCGGGACAGAGCAUUCACUACACCCGUUGGAACUUCACCAAUCGUAAAAAUGACUGCUCUCCGGUCUCCAGAUGGAACAACCAGAGCAGGAGAUGGGAAGGAAGAUGAAAAGGCCAUUCACAAUUUCCACUCAGAUCUCUUCGACAGCCACAACCGUGCUCCACCCGGUCCGGAGAGAAUCAAGCUCGAACAUGUGAAGUACCUACCGCCAGUCUUCAUCAACACUAACGAGGCUCUUCACUCGUUAUCUGUUGGAAUGCAUGCCACUCUCGAGAACGCGAUGCGAGGGUUAGAAGUGGAUUACGUGGGAAUGAAAGUUGACGACCGGCAUUAUCAUCAUCUUCGUUUCGCUGAUGACAUCAUUCUUAUAACAGCAAGGAUCAAUCAGGCGAAACGGAUGCUGGCCGAAUUUGAUGAAACGUGUAAAAAGAUCAUUCUUCAGCUGAACCUAGACAAGAUUAUGUUUGUGGUGACGGGUACACUUCUAAGGCUGCUUUCUUUUGCAGAUGUUGGGCGAUUGAGGAAGAAUAAACCCGUUACUGAUAGCAGCAACUCACGAUCAGUUGUGCCAUACUUGUCAUCAGCCGAAAUGGAAGUAAAACUGAAUGAACUCUAUGAUGCUGUGAGUGUUGGAAUUCACUUCGUUCAUGAUCUACAAAAGACUCCACGCGCACUAGAUUACGCCAGAACUCUCGUUCACAUAGAAAAAUUGUGCGAGAAUCCUGGAGCUAGAAGGACUAACUUCGAUUACUCUGUUGAUAUGUCGCUUGCUGAGGCACUGCGGAAGCCGCAUUUAUGCUGUGCUCGGACACCGAUUGGAUGGAAUCAGGACGAAUUCGUUGAGACAGAGAAUUUGCUGGACACACUGAAACAGAUCUACUGCCGUACUGUUACAUUAUUUGCUGAUUUUGCAUCUGGAUGUCCGGAGUUAGCCUUGCUUGAAGAGCAGGACAAGCUUGCAAUUUGUAGUAAAAACUACUGUGGAUGUGUAUUGUUUACGUUAGCCUACAAUGCAUACCUCAAUGACUACUAUGGAAUACUGUUUCCUCAUGGAUUCAAGUACUCUUUAUCAACGAAAAAAGACGAACACGAGUUUGACGAAUUCUUGCAAACUUUAUUCGACUACCUUCACAGCAAUGUUGUUAGAGUUUUUCGAGAAACAGGAAUAACAACUGAAGAGUACACAUUCGUAAAGACGCUCAUUUUGUUUUCAGGAGGCGAGUUCAUCUUGAUUCCGUUAACCGAUGCCGGCCUUAGUAUUGUACUACGUGCUCGACGAAAAUAUGCUGCCCUCCUGAGCGAGCUGAUUACCACAACACGACCGGAACUCAGUUCUGUUGAGGCAAUGAAUAGGCUUACUCGUCUGUUCAGUCUUAUUCCCCAUAUGAUGCACGCCUCUGAGUUCGAUAAUUUGUACUGUGGUAAAAUGCCGCUACGGUGCACCGAAGCGCCUCGAGAGAAGCUGCGUACGCAAUUGCGUAAGAUCUGCGACAGUACUGAAGAACCACUGGUGUCAUUUUCGUACUCAUUGGACACUUCGCUAGCGGAUGUUCUCGAAAAACCUCAUCUAUGCUGCCACAGAACUCCUAUUGGUUGGAGCCAAAGUGGACUGGCCAAAGGGGACAACAUAUUGGAAGUCCUGAAAGAGUCAUACUGUCGCAGUAUCACCCAUUUUGCAGAUUUCGCUGCAAGCUGCCCAGAACUCCAAAUGUUAGAAGCGAAAGACAGGCUUGCAAUGUGUAGUGCUAACUACUGCGGAGUAACUUUAUUUCUAAUGGUAUACAACACUUACCUCAAGGGCUGCACUGGACUGCUAUUCCCACAUGGAUUUACUUACAAAUCUUCAGAAAAACAGCACCAUGAGUUUGAUGGAUUCCUGCAAGAACUUGUCGACUAUCUUCACCGAAACGUUGUCACCGUCUUUCGUGAAGAAAAAGUCACCAUAGAGGAAUAUUCCCUACUCAAAACACUUGUGCUUUUUGCAGGAACUAUCUCUCUUACGGACGAAGGUUUUGACAUUGUAUCAGGUGCACGACGGAAGUAUGGAGCCCUGCUGGCUGAGUACAUAGUGACCAGCCGGACAGACUUAAGUCCUGCUGAUCAGAUGGAGCGACUUCUUCGGCUUUGUAGUGUCGUGCCUCAUAUGAUGCAUGCUUCCGAACGCGACAAUUCAUAUUGUGCUAGGAUGGUCCUCAUGAAUAUUGGAAAUUUGACAGGGCCAUUAUCAUAUGACCUUCACAUCCACUUAGCUCAACGCGACAAGAUGUGCAAAUGCUCCUGCUAUUUUUUCACAUGGGAAGUGCAGGCACUAGCUGUUUCAUUUUCUUUCGGCACAUCGCGUGGAGCGGGAACCAUGAAGAUGCCUCUGCUAUUCCCAAUCAUGUCGAGAAUGUGUCCAUGCAUUCUAUUUGGUAUGGGCGAUCUUAAGGAACCAUGUUCUGCAUCGCUUCGAAGUCCUUGCGAUAAUUUGGAUGGUGAAGGUCCUUUUCGUCGUUUUGCUCUACUUCUAUCUUUACCACCUCGUACCAAGAAUCAAUUCAUGAAUGCAAAGGUAGCUGAGUCUAUCCUGAGCAAAAUACCUGAUGGUCUCCUAGAGGAGUUGUUGGCUACUGAUGAUGAACACUUGGUUAGCUUUCAAGAUCUCGCCGUUGAUGUUCUCGAGACUUUACUUCCUUAUUGUCAUGGUUCCACUCUUCGCAAUCUUUCUCACCUCAUUCCACACCUCGUCCAUAGGUUGGAAUUGACGAAAGACAACAUGAAUGCUUUAAGUAGUAUCUCCAAAUGUAUCAUCACCUUGUGUUUUGAGAUUGGUUCUGGUAAUACAGAGUUCGUGCAUGACACAGCUGAUAUUUUGACUUCUUUUUGUGUUGGAAACCCCAAAGAUUUCCCCUUUACUCCCAUAUUGGAGCGAUUGGUCGACUGUAUGCUUACUCUGCAACAUCACAGCGAGAACUAUGAAUUAGUUUCUAAAGAACACUGCUGGCCUAAGAACGUGCGUACACUCGUUCACGCCUUUUUGAAGACGAGAACCGAGAUGCUAAGUGACGCAAUGAGAAUAGCAGUAUUUAGAUUGGCAAAGGAAGUUGUGGAGACUUUGGGGACGAACUGGUUUGCUGAGGAUGUUGGUCUUCUAUUAUUACUAGUUCACCUAGUUGUGGUACAAACACGAAUGUGCCUUGAUGAGCCUACUACGAUCAACCCGGAAAGUCUUGCUGUUUGUUUCCAUAUUCUAGAGUCGGCUAUACGCUGCGCUGAAGAGUCGUCCUUCGUAGAUGAUUCCUCAGCUACUCAAAUUGCGAAGUCGGUUCGUGAAGCUGCACUGUAUUCCAUCCAGUACUGGGUCGAAGCAAAGGAACAAAAUGAGUGUUUACCGAGUGAGGUUGAACUGAUGAUCUAUCGAUUUACUUGUUGCUUUUUGGCUAUCGGUGGCGCACAGAUGCUGCCGGAAUCACUGCUGCAGAAGUGUUCCGUCCAUAUGCUACAUGUUUUUGAGCAGUCAAUAUCUAGUGGAGAUUUUACAACAGCUUGUUUACUUCUACCAAAUCUUCACGAUUUACCGCGACUUGCAGAUAAUACGAUCACAUUAAUAACCGACUUAGUCCUCUCACAGUACCCGCACCUUCAGUGGAAGCAAACUGUUGAUGAAGCAGUUGCUUCCCUCGAGAAUUUAAAGUCGAGGGUUGACUUCUACAGCAAAAAGACAGUUAAGGAGGCUUGCUUAAAACUGAAGGCCAUACCCGACUGUGAGCUAGGUGAACUGUUGUCGAAUCUUUGA